AUGAAAUUCAGGUUCAAUUACCUUUGUUAUGUAGCAUGUGCAAUUAGUAUCAUCAUUCUGAUAGUGGAAUUCAUCGAUACCAUACGGUUCUAUAGCGCAUUGCUGCAGAAUAACAUAUUUUAUUAUUCAGGCUAUAAAAUACAGGAGUUGAUCAAUAAAGAACCAGGAUUCAGGGAGAUGCAGGCGGGUGCACUUGUGAAAAAGAUCAGCAAACUUUUCAGAGAACUAUUUGCCUGGUUUUUACUAACGAUGCUGUUGUUUACAGUCACAAAUAGUAGAAUGAAAGAAUGUGCAAACAGGAUGUGCCAGUACAAAAUGAAUGUGCUUGGAACGAGGAGUUUGAACUGUAACAGGGCUGAAAUCAAUUUCAUAUGUGUCUUUCUUACGACAUGCCUGUUUGCUGCUUAUGGAAAUGCCUUUGUAAGAGCAAUCGGAAAGGACUUUGAUACGAUUGCAUCUGAAGCAGUUUUCUACGUGAUGAUCUUCACAAUUGUGCUUCCAUUCAUCAUGGCACUCUUUUACAACCUAUUCAGGAUAUUUGGAUCCAAGCUCAUCAUUGCAUUCUACUUGACAUUCUAUAUAAAGGCAACAGCUGAGUUCUUUACUCAAGAAGACGUUGAUUUGCUGACAUUUAAGAAGGUUGAAAUUUCUCAAUAUUCAAAGGCAGUACAGGAGUAUUUGACAGAAAGAAGCUUACAAGAUCGUGUUUAUCACGAAAGAGAGAAGUCCGAUUCAAUUAACGCAGCAUUGGUGGGAUGGGGCGCCUAUGAGCAUAUUGAAAUUUAUGGUGAUCACAAGGAGUUUUCAAAUGAGGAAUUUGAAUCAGUAUUGAUGCAUGAAAUAGGCCAUUCUCAAGAUUAUUCAUUGUAUAAAAAGGUGUUAGCACUGUAUGUCAUCAAGGCCAUUGAAUUUGCAGUGGUUUGGUGGCUAUGGAAUUCAGCAGCUGAGUUUUACUCCAAUGAGACACUUACUAAGACUGGCGCCUUCUUUGUGCUGGUGAUAAUCUAUGAAAUGUAUUUGAAUAGAUAUUUGAUGGUAUUGCACAAGUUAACGAGUCAAAAUGCGGAGAUAAAUGCUGAUCUGAUUGCAAAGAAGCAUGGUUUUGCAGAGAACCUUGGUAAAGUAUUAUUCAAAAUCACAGUCAAAAGCAAGGAACCAAUUCACUACACAUUCUGGUAUAAUGCACUGAAGAGUUUUCAUCCGUCUAUUUUAAGACGUGUAGAAUAUCUGCAUAAGUAA